AUGCUGAGGUGCACUAGGAUUCUUUCAUUAACUAGUGAAAAGAAUGUAAUACUGAUUAGAUCUCUUUCUACCGCCAAUCCGACCACUGCCACUCAACCCACCAAGACAACUUACGGCCCACUGUCUGAUGAAGAUCGAAUAUUCACUAAUAUAUAUGGUCGACAUGAUUGGCGUUUAAAGGGUGCAAUGAGACGUGGUCACUGGUAUAAAACAAAGGAAAUCGUUUUAAAAGGCAGUGAUUGGAUUAUUGAGGAGAUUAAAAAAUCUGGAUUACGUGGGCGUGGUGGUGCUGGUUUUCCUUCUGGUAUGAAAUGGAGUUUUAUGAACAAGCCUAGUGAUGGCAGACCUAAAUAUUUAGUGGUGAAUGCAGAUGAAGGUGAACCGGGUACAUGUAAAGACAGAGAAAUUAUGCGUCAUGAUCCGCAUACACUUAUUGAAGGUUGUCUUAUAGCUGGAAGAGCAAUGGGUGCUAAUGCAGCUUAUAUUUAUAUACGUGGUGAAUUUUAUAAUGAAGCUUCAAAUAUGCAAUUGGCUAUUAGAGAGGCUUAUGAAGCUGGUCUACUCGGCAAAAAUGCCUGCGGUACUGGAUAUGAUUUUGACGUGUAUAUGCAUCGUGGAGCUGGCGCCUAUAUAUGCGGUGAAGAGACUGCAUUGAUUGAAUCGCUUGAAGGAAAACAGGGUAAGCCUCGUUUGAAACCACCUUUCCCCGCUGAUAUUGGAUUAUUCGGUUGUCCGACAACAGUUACAAAUGUUGAAACAGUUGCUGUCGCACCUACUAUCUGUCGUCGUGGAGGUGAUUGGUUCGCCAGUUUCGGGAGAGAAAGAAAUCGUGGUACUAAGUUAUUCAACAUCUCAGAAAAGAAUGUAAUACUGAUUAGAUCUCUUUCCACUGCCAAUCCAACCACUGCCACUCAACCCACCAAGACAACUUACGGCCCACUGUCUGAUGAAGAUCGAAUAUUCACUAAUAUAUAUGGUCGACAUGAUUGGCGUUUAAAGGGUGCAAUGAGACGUGGUCAUUGGUAUAAAACAAAAGAAAUCGUUUUAAAAGGCAGUGAAUGGAUUAUUGAAGAGAUUAAAAAAUCUGGAUUACGUGGGCGUGGUGGUGCUGGCUUUCCUUCUGGUAUGAAAUGGAGUUUUAUGAACAAACCUAGUGAUGGCAGACCUAAAUAUUUAGUGGUCAAUGCAGAUGAAGGUGAACCGGGUACAUGUAAAGACAGAGAGAUUAUGCGUCAUGAUCCGCAUACACUUAUUGAAGGUUGUCUUAUAGCUGGAAGAGCAAUGGGUGCUAAUGCAGCUUAUAUUUAUAUACGUGGUGAAUUUUAUAAUGAAGCUUCAAAUAUGCAAUUGGCUAUUAGAGAGGCUUAUGAAGCUGGUCUACUCGGCAAAAAUGCCUGCGGUACUGGAUAUGAUUUUGAUGUGUAUAUGCAUCGUGGAGCUGGCGCCUAUAUAUGUGGUGAAGAGACUGCACUGAUUGAAUCGCUUGAAGGAAAACAGGGUAAACCUCGUUUGAAACCACCUUUCCCCGCGGAUAUUGGAUUAUUUGGUUGUCCGACAACAGUUACAAAUGUUGAAACAGUUGCUGUUGCACCUACUAUCUGUCGUCGUGGAGGUGAUUGGUUCGCCAGUUUCGGGAGAGAAAGAAAUCGUGGUACUAAGUUAUUCAACAUCUCAGGACAUGUUAAUAAUCCGUGUACUGUGGAAGAAGAAAUGUCUAUCCCUAUGCGUGAUUUAAUUGAACGACACGCUGGUGGUGUUAUCGGUGGUUGGGAUAAUUUAUUAGCUGUUAUUCCUGGUGGCAGUUCUACUCCAUUAUUACCUAAAGAUGUAUGCAGUACUGUCCUAAUGGAUUUUGAUGCUUUAGUACAAGCAAAUUCUGGUUUAGGUACAGCAGCAUUGAUUGUCAUGAAUAAGUCAGCUGAUGUGGUCAAGUGUAUUUCACGUCUUAUCAAAUUUUAUGAACAUGAAAGUUGUGGCCAGUGUACUCCAUGUCGUGAAGGAUGUCGUUGGAUGGGUCAAAUAAUGGGCAGAUUCGCCCUAUCACUUUACAUGACUAAAUUUUUUGAACUAAUAGAAUGUGAAGUAUUUUGGCACAUUGGAAAACUUGGGCGGUAUAAUUUAUUCUGUAAUCGAUACUGA